CAUCCGCGACUGUAAUGGCGGCGGAUCCGGUUACAACUGAGAUCAAAGAAUACAGAAGAAUAUAAGUUAUUUUUUAAAAUCAUCUGGACCGAUUCCGUGAGUCCGAUCAUCCUCUGAAACUACAGAUCCAGUCAGUGCACGAGCACUGGAUUAAAGCGCGUGCACGAGGAGGAUCUGAAGUCAUGGAUGUGUUCGAGAUUCUCAAUCUAAAUGAACUCGCUCUCGGGCUGUCAAAUCUGUCCAUGUUCCCCUACUUUGACAUGGCGCAUUAUAUCAUAUCAGUGAUGAGUCUGAGAGAGCAACCAGGCGUCUCUCUCUCUGUCAGCAGACACACAGGAGUGCUGACCGUGUCUCAGCUCAGUCCUCUGGCCUGCUGGUUCAGUUCGAUGUUGUAUUGUUUCGGUGGAGCCGUUCUCUCAGCGCUGAUGAUGGCAGACGCUCCAGUCGCUCCACUGUCCAACACCACUAACCUGCUGAUCGCCUCACUCAUGUGGUAUCUGGUGUUCUACUGUCCUCUGGAUGCCGUUUACUCGCUGGCGUCGGUCUGGCCCAUUCGACUGGUCUUGACGGGGAUGAAGGAAGUGACACGUACGUGGAAGGUUGUGGGCGGAGUAACUCAAGCAGGCAGGAAGUACAAAGAUGGUCUGUUCGUGAUGAUCGCAGUGGGUUGGGCCAAAGGUGCGGGCGGAGGCCUCAUCAGUAACUUUGAGCAGCUUGUUCGAGGCAUCUGGAAGCCUGAAACCAAUGAACUACUGAAGAUGUCAUACCCGACCAAGGUCACCCUGCUGGGAUCGGUUCUGUUCUCGCUCCAGCAGUGUCGCUUUCUCCCGAUGCAAACACACCACCUGAUCUUCAUCUACACAAUCUUCAUCGUCACCAAUAAGAUGCGGAUGAUGAUUAUGGGUUCUUCAUCGUAUCCAUUCUCAUCGCUGGAGUCUGUCCUCUACAAGACUCUGUUUGUUCGACCCCUGACCUUUUCACCCCUGAUUGACUCGACCCAGGGUUCAGAUCAAACCUUGAAAAACAGCUCGAUUUCCGAACAGAAGAGCAAUAACACGGACCAAAGAAACCCGGAAGAGGCCAAAAACGCCAAAAAGAAAGAUUGAGGAUCAUUGAAAGAUUGAGAACUCAUAAAAGAUUGAGGACGACUGAAAGAUUGAGGACGAAUGAAAGAUUGAGGACGAAUGAAAGAUUGAGGACGAAUGAAAGAUUGAGGACGAAUGAAAGAUUGAGGACGAAUGAAAGAUUGAGGACGAAUGAAAGAUUUAGGACGAAUGAAAGAUUUAGGACGAAUGAAAGAUUGAGAACUCAUAAAAGAUUGAGGACGACUAAAAGAUUGAGGACAACUGAAAGAUUGAGGACGACUGAAAGAUUGAGGAUGAAUGAAAGAUUUAGGACGAAUGAAAGAUUGAGAACAAAAGAAAGUGAGGACGACUGAAAGAUUGAGGACGAAUGAAAGAUUGAGUACUCCUAAAAGAUUGAGGACGACUGAAAGAUUGAAGACAAAAGAAAGACUGGAGACAAAUGAAAGAUUGAGGACAACUGAAAGAUUGAGGACGACUGAAAGAUUGAGGACGACUGAAAGAUUGAGGACGACUGAAAGAUUGAGUACUCAAAAGAUUGAGGACGACUGAAAGAUUGAGAACGAAAGAAAGUGAGGACGACUGAAAGAUUGAGGACGAAUGAAAGAUUGAGUACUCAUAAAAGAUUGAGGACGACUGAAAGAUUGAGAACGAAAGAAAGUGAGGACGACUGAAAGAUUGAGGACGAAUGAAAGAUUGAGUACUCAUAAAAGAUUGAGGACGACUGAAAGAUUGAAGACAAAAGAAAGACUGGAGACAAAUGAAAGAUUGAGGACGACUGAAAGAUUGAGGACGACUGAAAGAUUGAGGACGACUGAAAGAUUGAGGACAAAAGAAAGACUGGAGACAAAUGAAAGAUUGAGGACGAAUGAAAGUUUGAGGACGAAUGAAAGAUUGAGGACGAAUGAAAGAUUGUGGACGAAAGAAAGUGAGGACGAAUGAAAGAUUGAGGACGACUGAAAGAUUGAGGACGAAAGAAAGACUGGGGAAGAAAGAAAGAUUGCGGACGAAAGAAAUUGAGGAAGAAUGAAAGUAAGACGGUUUUCCUGUGUGUGAAUUUUCUAUACGAUUCCUGCUGAUGAUUUAAAAAAAAUGCACGAAUGCUCUUUUUAUCGGAAUGCCUUGUACAUAUUUGCUAUUCUGAACUGCUUCACAGAAAAUUCUAUUCUAUUCUAUUCUGCAAUGACAAUGAUAAUAUAUUUUAUAUAAUUUAUAAUGCAUUUAUGAAUGCAAUCACUCGAAGUGGAAUGCUGGAACAUGUUUUACUGUAUGUUUUUAAUGCAGAAUUAAUAUAAUUCACUGGUUCUGA